UCCGGGGUCCCGCUCCUGGCAGAGCCCCGGCACGCCGGCGCUGCCCGGCUCCCCUCAGGGGCGGGCGCCGCAGGGCUCGUCCCCCGGCCGCUGCCCCUCCCGUCGGGGCGGGGAUGAGACACGUAGUUUUCCGGAAAGCCCGGGCCACAGUUUCGUUUCUCCGAGGCCAGGUUUGUUUCGGGUUCUCGGGGCAGCUGCGGACGGGGCGAUGGCGGCGCUGGAGUCGGAGCCGGGCCUGUCGGGGCUGGAGGAGGAGCUCACCUGCUCCAUCUGCCUCUGCCUCUUCAGCAGCCCCGUGACGGUGCCCUGCGGGCACAACUUCUGCGCCUCCUGCCUGGAGCUCAGCUGGGCCGGCCUCUCGGGGGGCUUCAGCUGCCCGCAGUGCCGCGCCACCUUCGCGGGCCGCCCGCAGCUGCAGAAGAACACGGUGCUGUGCCGGGUGGUGGAGCAGCUCCAGGGCCGCUCCGGGGCCAAGGGCGAGGAGGAGGAGGAGGAUGAGGAUGGGGAUGUGGGGGGGUGCUGCGCGGCGGAGCCCCCCGUGCCCUGCGACAGCUGCCGGGAGGCGCCGGCCGUGCAGACCUGCCUGACCUGCACCGCGUCCUUCUGCGCCGAGCACCUGCGGCCGCACCGCGACAGCCCGGCCUUCCGCGACCACCAGCUCUGCCCGCCCCUGCGCGACCUGCAGCUGCGCAAGUGCCCCCAGCACAACAGGCUCUUCGAGUUCUUCUGCAGCAAGCACGGCGCCUGCAUCUGCUCCCUCUGCCUGCUCGAGCACAAGCUGUGCCCCACCAGCCCCCUGGAGCAGGCAAAGGCCUCUGCCCAGUCGCUGCUGAAGAAAAAACUUACGGAGCUGCAUAACCAGAGUGAAAGAACUGCCCGGGCAAUGAGCACGGUGAAAACAAAACAGAGCCAGUCUGCUGAGACAGCUUCAAGAAAGAAGGAAUUGAUCAGAAAUGAGUUUUCAGAAGUUAAAGCUGUAAUUGAAGAAAGAGAAAAUGAGAUCAUGAAAGCAAUUACAGAGGAAGAAAAGAGAGUUUGGAAUAAGUUUGAUUAUAUUUACAGUGUUCUGGGAAAUAAGAAGAAUGAAAUUCAGUCUCUCAAAGAUCAGAUUGAGAUGGCACUGACUGAAAUUGAUGAUGUUCUGUUUUUGAAGAGAGCAGCAGCACUGCAACGAACAUCAACAAAAGAGGCUUUUGUUCCCGUAGUUGAAAUGGACCAAAACGUGAUGCAUUCCACUUACCAGUCUGCCAUUACCCUCAAAGACAUAGUGAAAAUUUCAGUCGAUCAGAGUCGGGAGAAAAAAGAAGAAGCCAAACCUGUGAAAAUUAAGGCCCCUGUAGCAGCUCAUCCAAACAAAGCUGUUGGGAAAAAGCCUCCUGGACCACACCAGACCCACAAAGAGAAAACCAUUCCCCAGGGGGUGACAGAUACCACCAAAGAGAAAAAGAAAGCUGCUAAAGUUGCACCAACCACCACACCAGCCACCACAGCUGCUGCUGGUGCUGCUAAAGAGCUGAUCGACAGCUUCCUGAAGAAACCCAGAGAGGAGCUCUUGCAGUAUGCUGCCAACAUCACGCUGGAUUACAACACGGCUCACAACACCGUGGUUCUGGCUGACAACUACACCAGGAUGUCCAUCUCGGACACCUUCCCAGGCCACAGGUACCACCCUCAGCGCUUCACCGAUUACCGCCAGGUGCUGGGCUUCCAGUGCUUCAAGAGAGGCAUCCACUACUGGGAGGUGGAGCUGCAGCAGGGCAGCUUCUGCGGCAUCGGCGUCUGCUACGGCAGCAUGGAGCGCCAGGGCCCCGAGAGCCGCCUGGGCAGGAACUCCAGGUCCUGGUGCGUCGAGUGGCUCAACUCCAAAAUAUCAUCCUGGCACAACGACGUGGAAAAGUGCCUGCCCAACACAAAGGCCACCAAGAUUGGGGUGCUGCUGCACUGCGAGGGGGGCUUUGUGAUUUUCAUGGCAGUGGGGGAGAAGAAUAACUUGAUCUAUAAAUUCAAAGCCCAGUUCACUGAAGCCUUGUACCCAGCCUUCUGGCUGUUUUCCAGUGAUGCUGUUCUCUCUCUCUGUCACAUGAAAGAGUAAGGUCUUGUAUCUCAGUUUAGUUCAUUUACAGCACAGAUAAUCUGUCUCAAAGAUUGAUUGUUUGAUACAGAAAUUAUCAUCUCUUUUAAGCAGUUUAGGAAAUCUGCCAGUUCUUUGGACUGAAUUGCUAAAGCCCUUAGUGAUUUAGCAAGAUGUUGGUGAUGGUACAAACUACAGUGGUUUGCAAAGGUCUUGGCUGCCCUGAAAUCAAAGUUAUGAUGCAAAUCCUUGUUAAAUGUCUUCAGUGGCGCCUGUGGCUUCUGUGGUUUCCUGUAAAGGAGCAACAGAAUUAAUGUGUUAAUGGGUAACAAUAACCCCUUUGAGAAAGAAACAGGAAGAAUUCCCUGACAAAUUCAGGCUUUGAGGGAGGUCUCACUGUUGCCUUUUGGCCUGUGCACAGGCUGUUGUCCAUACAGGUGUUCUCAGUGUAGGACUCCACCAGAUGCUACAGAAGGAGCUGCUGAAAUCCCUAAGUUCAGGUCUUAUGGCUGUAAGUUAUAAAAACCACUGUGACAAAUCUAAUCAGAAUGGAACUGCGGAGACUUCUAGAAUUGAGGGGAAAUAAAUGGUAUUAGAAUCACCAGGCAACAAAUGACAUCAGCCCAGACACUGGGAAUACACCAGAGAGUUGUCAGGAAGACAUUCUGCAGAGCAGUGGUGUGCAUCCUGUGAUGAAGAUUGUGGGAUGAAGCAUUCUGUGUCAUCUUCUGACCCAGAACAUGCUUCACAUCUUCACACUGAAGGCUCUUCAGUGCUGGGUUUUUCUGUGUGUGCUGGGGAGUUCAGGGGGUGUAUUCCUGCUCUCAGGUUCUCCUGUUCUGUUUCCCUCUUUAUGAGGUGGGAUAUUCUCUGCUGGUGUAUCUUUAGCUUAAAGAAGGGCCUCCUGUCAUAAAGCUUUUCCUCUUUAUGAGGUGGGAUAUUCUCUCCUGGUGUGCCUUUUGUUGUUCAGGUGGUAGAAACUGGAUUUCUUGCCUGUUUUUGGGACUCCAAUUUGAGGAGUCUCAAGACAGAGUGCAAGUACUUGGAAAAUGCUGGUUCCUCUCUGCGUGAAGCCUGUGGGCAGACAGGGUGAGUCUUGUGACAUACAGAGAAUUAGCACAAAGGAGAAUAUACGUCCAUUCUUCCUGGGAUGGAUUUUUAAUUCUACUGGUGUUCUUUGGGUUGUGGUAUGUCUUCAGAAGUUCUCACCAGGUACAGAGAAAUCUGUACUUCUUCCUUACAACUUUAAAACCAUCUGGAGGCAAUCAAGGUAUUUGGAUCUCAUAGUUAUUAGGUCUGUACCUUGUUGGUGCCUCUGGACUUACUGUGCCAGCUUUUAUUUCUUGUAGCCAUGGGAAGCUCACAUGAGAGCCUUCCUGGACUUGGAUUUCUAAAACUGCCCUUACAGGACUUGGUGAAAUAGAACACAAAGCCACUGCUGGCAGUUUUGCAGGGAAUUGUUAGAAGGCUUAAAAGAACCUCUGUGACUAUACUCCACAUUAGCCAAAGUGCUCUGGAGAGAGGCUUUCAGGAAUUCAGGCUUGGUGUCUAUUAUUACUUGGCUUGUAAACUCUUAGUACUUUGUCAAGGAUAGCACAAGUCUCAUUUCUUCCAAUGUUUUGGUCAGAAUAGGAUAUGGAAUCGAUGGUGGACCUAAAAGUGCCAUGGCUGUCUUUGGAGCAGUUCUACUCUCUGAAGGCUCUCCACUUUCCAAAGCACAGCCAGCACUAAAACUCCCAGCCUGAGCAGAACCUGCAAAAGGUGCAGAAGGAGGCUGUGUCCUGCUGGGAGCCAGCAAUGGGUGACAGACUGGGUUUUUUGCCCUUCCUUUCAGUAGUGAAAGAUAAGAGCAGUUCCCUCUGAGAAAUCCUUUUGCUCCUUGGCUGUGCACAGCGCUGCAGUUGCACUCUGCAGGGUGCUGAAGGAGUCUGUCCCCUUGGUUGUGGGCAAAACGUGCUCCAGCGGUCUGUGCAGUGGAGAAAGUCCCCAUCCUCUGUUCCUUGCUUCUUGACUUCAAAGAGGUGUCAGUACUGGCCUCUGAGUCCGUGGGCUUCUGUGGCCGUGGUCUGGAGGGACACCCAAACAGUAAAGAGCAGCUUUUAUUCUGCCUCAUUGGACAAAGUGGGAUUCUUGACAUGGGACACUGGGGCAGGACCAACGUGUGGAGCACAUAAGGUGUCCUGCAUUACCAGGCAGUGAAACAAGCCUUCUGCUGGGCUCCUGAUCCUCUGUUUUGCUUUCUUUUGUGCUAUGAAUAACUAGAAAUCGUAAAGUUCCGCUAAUUUGGAAUUCACAGAAUCACAGAAUGUUCUGACUUGGAAGGGACUCACAAGGAUCACUGAGUCCAGCCCUUGAGUGAGUGAUUCAUAUGGGGGUGGAAAUGGGGACCUUGGCAUUACUAGGACCAAUCUCUGGGCGUCUGAGAAAUGUUGUGGUUAGCUUCAGGUGUCUUGCGUAUUUUGAAACAUUAGUGUGAUAUAACUUUUAUAACUAAUAGUAAAUAUUAGUGUGUUUAGGAGAAAUACUGCACGAUAAAUGAUCAUUUUAAAGCCUUUUCAUCACAACUGAAGUGGUUUUACUCGGGCAGUACCUGUAGGAGCUGCACUGAUUUUAAAGAAGACAUAUAUAGGAUCAUAUAUAUCAAUUGUAAUUCUCUUUUUAGUAUUACAAAGAAAGCAACUUAGUCUAGAAAAAGAACUAAUUCUGGUGUUAACACCAUUGAUUUGAAUUUUAUUAUACAAAUGAGAGUAAAUAAAAAAAAAACAGUUGCUGAAUGAAAAUAAAUGAAUGUUUAAUCUUUUCUUCAGUUAAAGACAUCAGUAAAGCAGUGCAUUUAGAAAAAGAUAUGCUUAUGCAGUUAUAAACCUGUUGAUUACAAUGAUAUAUCAGCCUGCUCUUCACUCUGUGUACGGUGUGUUAUUGUUUGUAGCUGUGCCAGCCACACACAGGCAGGGCCAGCACCACGGGGUUUGUGCCACCAGGUCCCUGUGCCCACUCCAGGGCUGGCUGGUGACUGACUGGUGAUGGCUUGAAUUCAAUAAAAACUCACAGUAAACCCUAA